AUGGAUCAAUCCGCAUCCGAAACUGCAGCCAUACGUGGGCUGGCUGCAGUUACUGCAGCCAACAAGUCAUCUGCAGCCCCGUCGACAGCGCAAGAGCCGGCUACGCCAUCUUCGGCAAGCUCCUUGUCGUUGAUACACCCGGGCAGCAUCUCAAGUGGAUUGGCACAAUUGGGAAACAUAGCAAACUAUCCGACCCACGGUGUCCUCCAGGGUGUUCAUGUUCCUUCUGCAAAUGAUCACUGGACCGGUAAUGUAUACACCCCCAAUCGUCAGGUGACCAGGCCCCCCGAGCCAGCUGAAAUGUCCCAUCCACCCUCAAAUAUGGCGCGCCUGCAGUUGCUCAACCGAAGCAGCGGUGUGGGCCUCUCAAGAAAUGCUCCCCGCGGUGGAUCGUCAGUCAUUGCUAGGUCAAUUUCUGCUGGCCAGAAAGGGGCCAAGGGUAGUGUCAAAUUGGGAGAAAGACGUCGGAUCAUGUUGAUUCUUGACAAAAAUCUAAUUGGUAUUGAUCAACUGCAUUUUGGAGGCCCCCACGAAUUUGAUCUCCUCUGGGAUCUAUGUGAGAGUAUUGGUGCGGUUGUGGCAUGCUCGCCUAUCUCUCGCGAAGACGGCCCAGCGGAGGUGCAGAAGGCUGUUCGAGCUGCUUUCCCGCAGUAUGGUACUUUGCUCUUGAAUCAUGGGUUUUCGUGGGCCACCUUGUCCCGCAAUCAGCAAUACUUUCUCCCAGCUGCCGACUCAGGAAGUGUCAGUGGUCACCUUCUCUCCGAAUUUUACGUCAAGCAGCCUUGCGCCAUUAUCUAUUCGAAUUCUGAUCAUCCAAACCCCAAUUUCUCCGUUCGUGUGCGUGAGGCUCUUGCUCCUCGUGCAGAAGAACCCGCUUCGUCAGGUUCGGAGAGCAUAAUGAUUGCCUGUUCAAAGUGCGGUAACCUUUUUGACGCCGGUGUGAUUAUCCAACAUUCACUUGCAUGUUCAAAGACGAAGAGGACAUCUCUUAAUUAUCUACAGAAACGCAAAAGCAAUCGUGAAGAUGGUGCCCCUCUGGUCAAAGACGAACCAACCACACCUUCUCCAUUCUCCUACGAUGGUAUGAGGUCCGACCGUCCUAUCAUCAUUCCAAGCUCCGCCGAUAGUACACCCGCUGCCAAAAAAGCAAAAGUCGAUAGUGUGGGCAAGGGUAAAAGCAGAGGAUCAGAGAACCAAGACCCUCUCUCCGACAUCCUUGAGGGGGGGUCGGGACAGGCCGAUGAUGGAGACGGCUUUGGUGAUGGCGAGUUCAACGAGCAUCAUUCGUCCCAGAUCAAUCUUCUCUCCCUUUUCGAAGACGGGGAUGACUUUGUUCCGAUGCGCUUUCAGCCUGGAGAUGAAGAGCCGGUCUUGGCAAGCACAUCGGGGGUAGCACCUAUCACUGCUGUUUCCUCUCAGACCGGCCAAAUGAAAAUGCAAAGUUCUGUUGGUGAUACAGGGGUAUUUUAUUAUUAUAGAAGAAACUCGAUGACGUUCAGUGAGAAUUGUGAACAUGUGCCUCUACAAAACCGUAUUCAGAAAGUGUCACAUCCUAGAACAAUCACUUAA